UUGGCACGCGGAAGACGAAGCCCAGAACUGCUGGGACAGAGAUUCUGUUAGUGCUUGUCAUCAACACACACAGUGUCCAUGGAGACAAAGGAGGCUGCCGGCUUGAUGGAGCCAGCAUGCGUGCUGUGUGGCCGAGUGGAUGAGGAUUCGAGCAUCCUUGGGCGCAAAGAAGAGAACGGUGGAUUCUAUUACCAUACUUUUUGUGCGGUAUUUGCCAAUGGUCUUCGUGAACGUUCGGAAGACAUAUUUUACAGACGUUUUCGCACAGAAGAUCUGGUACGCACCAUGAGGCAGGCAGAACAGAUGCUCUGCUUCGUUUGUGGCAAUCUGGGAGCCAGCAUCACCUGCGCAGAUCCAGGCUGCGACCGCAGCUUCCAUCUCUCCUGCGCCUUGGAGGGUGAAUGCGUCACCCAGUACACUGGAGAGUUCAGGUCCUUCUGCUGGGAGCACCGCCCACAUCAGGCAGUGGAGGCAGCACCUGUGCAGGACACGACCUGCAUCAUCUGCAUGGACCCUGUGGGGGACGGCAGGUCAUACAGCACCAUGGUGUGCCCGGCCUGCCGACACGCCUGGUUCCACCGGGUCUGCAUCCAGGAACAGGCUCUGCACGCAGGGUUUUAUUACUUCCGGUGCCCCCUCUGCAGAGACGACAUCAAGUUUGUUCCACACAUGCUCUUUAUGGGGAUCCGAAUCCCAGGCAGAAGACCAACAUGGGAGGGCAACAACGCCUACACAUCUCUACGCGAGAGGCACAGGAGAUGCGAUGCCAGUGACUGCUGUUACCCACGCGGCAGGGAGCACGCAGAGAGAGAGGGGCCCUGGCAGCUGCUCCUCUGCAGCUCCUGUGCUGCGCAAGGCACUCAUCGGCGCUGUUCCAACUUGAGUCAGAGCACAGCCAGCUGGGAGUGCAACGCCUGUGCUGGAGAGGGCACCGCCUCCGGCAGCAACUCAGAUCUUCCUGGCUACAGCACCAUCAGCCAGCAGGAAAUGGAGCCAUCCCAAGGCUCUGCGACACCAGAGAGGAGCAGCUCCAGCACCACCAGCCAGGCACCACUGGGGCCAGCUGACUGUUCCCGCAUGCCUGAGAGCGGCGGCCUGUCCAGGCAGCGCAGGACAGACCGGAGGAGAAUCCGCCCACGUCUACACCGGGAUGAAAAUGGCUUUAAUGAGCCCCAGGAACACCGUGGGAGCAGCCAUAAUGCUGCCCCAAUUGCCGGGAGCAGCGCCCUAAACUCUGCCAGCCAGGGGACAUCAGAGUCCUCAAGGAACUCCCCUGCAGUUGGCUACAACCUCCGGUGCAGACAGGGGCAGCGGGCCCAGACAAGAAGCCGCUCUCCCUUGCAGCGCCGGGCCCCAGAUUCUCCAAGCCAGCCCCGAAGACGCCAAACACGUGGGAGCAGGCAGGCACCAACCCAAAGUGCUGAGAGCGGCACCAACAGAUGCACAAGACGGGGAGCACCGCGGUCCUCAAGGGCUUCCACAGCAGCGGAUGGAAGCCGGUCCAGACAGCCAAGGUGGGCCCGGACUCGAAGCUGCUCCCCUCUUGAACAUCGGGCUGCAGAGACCCCCAGCCAGCCCCGAAGAUGCCGCAGGAGCCGCUCCAGGCGGCGAGGACCAGCCCGGGGGCGAAGCCGCUCCCGGGUACCACGCUGGGCCCCGAACAUCAACAGCCAGCCCCAAUGAUGUCGCAGGAGCAGCCAUGUGCAAGCUCCAAUUGUAUCCAAAGUCAUCAUAGUCCAUCACAAUAAAACUGAGAGUUCCAUCACGCCACUGUCA